AUGGCGGCACAUUUGAAGAAGCAACUCAAAGAGGCGGUGAAGAUCAUUGGCUCAGGUAGCUUCCUCUUUGCCUCCUACCUCACACUGGUGGGAGAUGAGAAUUUCUAUGCCCACCAGCUAAUGCCCCUACUCCAAAAAGUAGUGGAGGCAGAGACGGCGCACGUUCUAGCGGUAAAAAUGAUUAGUCUGGGUUUGGUCCCUAUCAAUCGCUAUAAGGACCCCGACUCACUGGGUGUUAACGUUCUCGGACUAAAGUUCAAAAACCCCAUCGGGAUCGCUGCAGGCUUCGACAAGCACGGAGAAGCGGUGGACGGUUUGUACAAGAUGGGCUUCGGCUUUGUAGAAGUUGGGACCAUCACUCCCAAACCUCAAGAAGGCAAUCCCAAGCCACGCGUGUUCAGACUGGCAGCAGACCACGCCAUCAUUAACAGAUAUGGUUUCAACAGUUGCGGUGUGAUAGAAGCACAGCACAGGUUAAAGAUCCGGGAGGCAGCUCAGCUGGAACAAACCAAAGCCGGAUGUCCCCUGGGUAUCAACCUAGGGAAGAACAAGCAGUCCCACAAUGCAAGGGCAGAUUACCUGGCGGGGAUGAGAGUGCUGGGUCCGCUGGCUGAUUACCUUGUGGUCAAUGUCAGCAGUCCCAAUACGCCGGGUCUCCGUGACCUACAAGGCAAAGCUGAGCUCCGUCGGCUCCUAUAUACGGUGUUAAAGGAGCGGGAUGAGAUGCCGGGAGGACAUAAGCCCCCGAUCCUGGUCAAGAUCGCACCUGACCUCACUGCGCAGGAUAAACAGGACAUUGCUGAUGUCAUUACUGAGCUCGGAGUAGAUGGCCUAAUGGUAUCCAACACCACUGUGUCUCGACCAGACAUGCUCCAAGAUCCUCAAAGGUGUGAGGCCGGUGGCCUGAGUGGGCAGCCUCUCAAAGAAAUCUCCACAAACACCGUCAGAGAAAUGUACAGCCUCACUAAAGGCAAAGUGACAAUCAUUGGGAUUGGCGGUGUAGCCAGCGGAAAAGACGCCAUGGAUAAAAUCUGUGCUGGUGCAUCAUUAGUUCAGCUAUACACGGCUUUAGCCUACCAGGGCCCGCCUGUAGUCAACAAGAUAAAACGGGAAUUGGAACAGCUUCUGAAAGAACAAGGAUUUUGCAGUGUUUCUGAGGCCAUCGGUGCAGACCACAGGGGAUUGAAUAUCUCGACCCGGUUGUAA